AGAAAGGAGGAAGAUGGAAAGUAAUGCCGUUCUUCUGGAAUCGAAAUCCUCGCCCCUCAACCUCCUGAAUGAAAUGCACCAGCUGCGUCUCCUGGGCCACCUCUGCGAUGUGACUGUGAGUGUGGAGUAUCAAGGCGUCAGGGCUGAGUUUGUGGCUCACAAGGCUGUGCUGGCCGCGACAAGCAAGUUUUUCAAAGAGGUUUUUCUGAACGAAAAGAGCAUGGACGGACCGAGGACGAACGUCUUCUUGAACGAGGUCCAGGUAGCUGACUUUGCGUCUUUUCUUGAGUUUGUCUAUACCGCCAAGGUGGAAGUCGAAGAAGAUCGGGUGCAGCGUAUGCUGGAAAUAGCCGAGAAGCUCAAGUGCUUGGACUUGUCUGAGACCUGUUUUCAGCUCAAGAAGCAGAUGCUCGAAUCGGUGUUGCUGGAGCUGCAGAAUUUCUCCGAGUCGCAAGAUGCCGAAGAGGACAGCAGAGCCCAACCGAGCGGUUUACUUGAACCCAAAGUGAUUCUGGAAGUGCCAGGUGACAGCAUGGACUGUUUUGCAAACUCGCCUCUUGGAAGGCCUCGGGACGGAGAAGGCCUCGAGGUGCCCGCUGCGAAACUCAAGGAGAAAUUAGACCAGAAGAAAGAAGUCCCGAAGACUCCCUGUGCCAAAAUCAGGAGGGCCAGCGGGAGGCUGGCUGGCAGAAAAGUGUUUGUGGAAAUACCCAAGAAAAAAUACACCCGGCACCUGCGAGAACAGCAGAAGUAUGAGGCGGCUGCCGCUGAGGCAAGCCAGCUGUACAAAGACCACAGUGUGCCUGAGAAAGUAGAAGAGGAGUGGGAGGAGGAGGAGAGAAUGGCAGGCGGCUUGAAGGCUGAAAAGAAAGAGUGUGACGGCCCCGAUGAACCGGAGGCCAACUCAAACAAAUCCGAGGAGGACAAAAAGAACCGCGGUGGCAACUUCACGUGCAGCACCUGCGAGAGGGAGUUCCUGUACGAGAAGAGCUUCCUGAAGCACAUCCGGCACAGCCACGGCAUCGCAGCCGAAAUCAUUUACCGCUGCGAGACCUGCGGGCAGACUUUUGCCAACCGCUGCAACCUGAAGAGCCACCAGCGCCACGUCCACAGCAGCGAGCGCCACUUCCCUUGCGAGCUCUGUGGUAAGAAGUUCAAGAGGAAGAAGGACGUCAAGAGGCACAUGCUGCAGGUUCAUGAGGGUGGUGGGGAGCGUCAUCACUGCCUCCAGUGUGGAAAGGGGCUGAGCUCCAAAACGGCCCUCAGGCUCCAUGAGAGGACGCACACUGGUGACAAGCCUUAUGGGUGCACAGAGUGUGAGGCUAAGUUUUCUCAGCCCUCGGCACUUAAGACACACAUGAGAAUCCACACCGGUGAAAAGCCUUUUGUUUGUAGUGAUUGUGGAGCGAGGUUCACGCAGAAUCACAUGCUUAUAUAUCAUAAAAGAUGCCAUACAGGGGAACGGCCUUUCAUGUGUGAAACAUGCGGGAAGAGUUUCGCCUCGAAGGAGUAUUUGAAGCACCACAAUCGAAUCCAUACUGGGUCCAAGCCUUUCAAAUGUGAAAUUUGUUUCCGAACAUUUGCACAGAGAAAUUCAUUGUAUCAGCACAUUAAAGUUCACACAGGUGAGCGUCCUUACUGUUGCGAUCAGUGCGGCAAACAGUUCACCCAACUCAACGCCCUACAGCGCCACCAUCGGAUUCACACAGGGGAGAAGCCGUUCAUGUGCAACGCUUGUGGUCGGACGUUUACAGACAAGUCUACUCUCCGGCGACACACCUCGAUUCACGAUAAAAACACACCUUGGAAGUCUUUCCUCGUUGUUGUUGGAGCCUCGAAGAAUGACGAUGACCAGAAGACGGAGCUUCCCGAUGAAGAAUAUGACGUGGCUCGUUCUAAAAUAUCAGAGAAGCUGCUGUCUUUUCCGGAAAAUGGCCACUAUCAGAACCUGACUGCUAUCCAAGGAAACGUGACUGCUCUGCACAAGAACGGAUCCCCCACGGUAACAGACUGCAAAUCAGCAGGGCCCCAAGAAGCCCCACUGGGUACCACUUUGCAUGAUCUCACAGUAUUGCACACCCAGACAGACUCUCUGCAGCCACCUCUUCACACCUUAGUGAACAUGGAAUAGCAUCAUCUUCCUGGCAGAAAACC